GGCGUUUCCUUCCUGUGUGAGGCUGGCUGAGGGCUUCUGCUGCCUCAGUGUCCGCCCUGGGGGUUAAUCAAGAUGGUACAUGCUGAAGCCUUUUCUCGUCCCUUGAGUCGGAAUGAAGUUGUCGGCUUAAUUUUCCGUUUGACGAUAUUUGGUGCAGUGACAUACUUCACAAUCAAAUGGAUGGUAGAUGCAAUCGAUCCCACCAGAAAGCAGAAAGUGGAAGCUCAGAAACAGGCAGAAAAAUUAAUGAAACAGAUUGGUGUGAAAAAUGUGAAGCUUUCAGAAUAUGAAAUGAGUAUUGCAGCUCAUCUCGUAGACCCUCUUAACAUGCACGUAACUUGGAGUGAUAUAGCAGGUCUGGAUGAUGUCAUUACGGAUCUGAAAGACACAGUCAUCUUACCCAUCAAAAAGAAGCAUUUGUUUGAAAAUUCCAGGCUUCUGCAGCCUCCAAAGGGAGUUCUUCUGUAUGGGCCUCCAGGCUGUGGCAAAACAUUGAUUGCCAAGGCCACAGCCAAAGAAGCAGGCUGUCGAUUUAUUAACCUUCAGCCUUCAACGCUGACGGAUAAGUGGUACGGAGAGUCUCAGAAACUGGCUGCUGCGGUCUUCUCCCUUGCCAUAAAGCUACAGCCUUCCAUCAUUUUUAUAGAUGAAAUAGACUCCUUUCUGCGAAACCGUUCAAGUUCUGACCAUGAAGCUACCGCCAUGAUGAAAGCUCAGUUUAUGAGUCUGUGGGACGGAUUGGAUACUGACCACAGCUGUCAGGUCAUAGUUAUGGGGGCUACCAACCGUCCUCAGGACCUUGACUCGGCCAUAAUGAGAAGAAUGCCUACAAGGUUUCAUAUCAACCAGCCUGCUCUAAAACAAAGAGAAGCAAUCCUGAGACUCAUCUUGAAAAAUGAAAACGUGGACAGGCACGUGGACCUGCUGGAAGUCGCCCAGGAGACGGACGGUUUCUCAGGCAGUGACCUGAAGGAGAUGUGCAGGGACGCCGCCCUCCUGUGUGUCCGGGAGUAUGUUAAUUCUACAUCGGAAGAAAGCCGCGAUGAAGAUGAAAUCCGGCCUGUGCAACAGCAGGACCUGCAUCGAGCGAUUGAGAAGAUGAAGAAAUCCAAGGACGCCGCAUUUCAGAAUGUUUUGACACAUGUUUGUUUAGAUUAAGAGUAAAGAUCAU